AGCCUGGAGUAAGCCCAGAAAUUUGGUACAGCCCGGUUUCUACCGUCCACCCCUCCGUCGAAUGGGUCCGUCCUUUCGCAGGUGACGUCACAUCAUGGCGGACAACAUGAACGGUUCUUCCGAAGAUCAGUCUGUAGCGACAGAGCCCCCCACCCCAGCCCAGGAGGUCCCAGCAUGCUCCGUGAUGUCUCAGGAGCCAGACUGCAGCAUCCUUGAGGAGUCUGCGGACGUCAGCACCCCACCCCCCGAGGAGGAGAGCCCCAGCCCUAGCCCCACCCCGGAGUCUGAACCCAGGGAAAAUGGAAGCACAGCAGUGGACAAGAAGAAGGACAAAAAGAAGACGAAAAAGGGUUACAGGUGGGGCAUUGAAGCUGCCUUACAGAAUACUGCUCCUGAUGGCAAGCAGGGCGGUGCAGAGGGUAGCGCCGCGGACGCCAAAGAGAUUGAGCAGACCAUCAAGCAGACCAUGCAGACCCUGAACGCAAUGGACAACCCUGAUGAGAAGCUGGGAGCAAUCGUUAAAAGAUAUGCAGAGCUGCUGGGUGACCACAGGUCUCUACAGAGAGAAUUCAAGGCAGGGCAACGGAUGCAGGCACAGGUGAUGCGUGAGAAGGAAAAGCUCCAGGCGGAGCACAGCAAGGCUCUCCUGGCCAGGAGCAAACUGGAGAGUCUCUGCAGAGAGCUGCAGAGGCACAACAAAGCCAUCAAGGAAGAGUCUCAAAGGAAGAUGAAGGAAGAAGAAGAGAAAAGAAGGGAGAUCUCCUCAAAGUUCCAGACGACCCUUGGUGAGAUCAGCACACAGAUGGACGACAACAGGGACAGGAGCCUGAAGAUGAAGGAGGAGAACAUGGAGCUGUGUGGGAAACUCAAGAGUCUGGUCGAGCAAUACGAGAAGAGAGAGGAGCAUGUAGAGAAGCUGAUAAAACAGAAGGACCUGGAGAGACAGCUGGCCGAGGCUAAGAUGCAGCAGGCUACCAUGAUGCUGGCUGAGGAGAAGGAGAAGUUCCUCACAGAGAAACAAGUGUUGCUGAAGGAGAACUAUGCCCAUCGGGAGAGAGCUGAACAAAUGGCCAUACAGGAGGAGAACAUGAAAAUGCAGCUGAAACUUUACACAGAGAAGUUUGAGGAGCUCCACAAGACGUUGAACCAGAGCAACGAGGUCUUCAACAAGUUCAAGGUUGAGAUGGACACAAUGAACAAAAGGAUGAAGAAGCUUGAGAAGGAAUCGUUCCAGUGGAGAACAAAGUGGGAGAAAUCUAACGUCACACUGAUCGCCAUGGCUGAGGAGAAACAAACGAGAGACAAGGAGCUUAUCAUGUUGAGAACAAAGUGUGGAAAGCUGGAGAACUUGUGCCGUGCCCUUCAGAACGCUCGCAGUGACACGGAGAGCGGGGCAGACAAGGUCUCCGAGGUCCUCACCAAGUUCGAGGAGGCGGAACAAACAUUAGCAGCGGAGAUUCGAGCCAACAAAUCCUCCUCAACAGCAACAACAACCGACAUCCCCGUCCCCGACCCCACCUCUACCGACGGAGCCACAGCAGGAACAGCAGGAGGAGAUGAAUCCGCAGACAUCGGAGAGCCAGACGCCGGCCCCGGAUCAGAGCUGAGCGCCGCCGCGGGAGGGGGGGACACGGACGACGUCGACGACUUCAUCGCACUGAUCAGGGCCGACACGACGCGUCUCGAAGACAUGCCCAAGCCUCCUCCCGAAGAACUCUCCCUUUUGGACAUCUUAAACAUGAAGGACCCGAUCAGGGGGGAGCCUUCACUCGAGGGGGCAGAGAAGGAGAAGGAGAAAGAGGGGGGUGAGGUGGAGAAGGGGGUAGAAGAAGAUGAUGUUGACACAGUUCCUUCCAAACUGGAGGCCAUAGAUUAAGAUGCACCUUAAAGUGCCAGUGACAUUUUCUCUAUCAUUCAGGUAAAGAUUUGGUCUUUUCUGGAAACAUCUAUGAUAUCAUAAAUCGGUAACCUGGAUAUCAUCCUCCAUAGUAACCGCUGGCCCAAUCUUUUUGCCUGUUAUUGAUGUGAAGAGAUUGAGCCAUCAGUUACCAGAGUAUGGUACCCAGGCUACAAACUACAAAGGACUCCCCUGUUAGCAAGUAUGGCUAAGAGUCCUUUUUUUGAUGUCAUAGACGUUUUAAGAAGUAAAACAAAUUUUUGUAUGAAUGAUUGAGGAAAUUGUAUUUUGCUGGCACUUUAAGUUGUUGAGAGGUGGGAAAGAUUGAAUCUUGGGCAAUUGAAAUUAAGUUUUUCAGCAGGUGAAGUAGAAGAUUGUUAGGUCCCCAUUGUUAUGACUUUCCUGUUAUGUCAUUCAUCCAUUCAAUCAAUCAAAAACGUAAAAAUUAAUUUGAAGUUCUUUGUUUAUCAUGGGUAAAUGGGACAUAGCCAAAGUUUAUGUCCCAAGCAUAGUAUGACUGUGAUAUUGUUCAUCACACUUGUGUGGUUUGCAUUUUUGAAGUGUCCCUUCAAUUCAAAGUACAUGUAAUAAGUAAAUAUCUAAAGCACCUUGUAGUAUAACUGUUUUAUACACAAGAGAAAGAGAGAAACCACAUUGAUAAAUACUGCUAUGCAAAGCUUCACAAAAACAUUGAUUCAGAAGUAUCUUGGCUGCUUGAAUCCCUUCAAAGUUUCUUAUUUCAAAAGUUUUUCACAGUAUUAUAUAAUAAGCUUCUCAGAAGCCCCCCCCCCCAAAAAAAAGUCAUUAAAUGCUGCUACAUGUAGAUGUACUGAUAUGCCCAAUGCUUUUGGAGCAUCCCAUUUGGCAUUAUGGGGGUGAGCUGAAAGCCAUUCUUUAUUACACAGGUGUACGUUUUGCACCUAACUUUAUGUGCUGAAAUUUUUACGUUGUUGAGGAUUUCUCAGUGUUAUCAUUUGUUGUAUCCACACCUGUAUGUUGUUUGGUGCCAUAACACAGUUUUUUUGGUGGUGUGUGGUGUUAGGUAGUCAAACAAAUCAGUUGCUCAAAAUGUUCAAUGCAAUAUUUUGUAAUUUUCAUCUAAUGAUCUUGCAGCAAAGCUAGAUCAAGCUUUUGGCAAUUUGUGUUUGCUUAAUCAUUUUGAGAAUCAUACUAGAUAGAAAACCUAUUAAAAUCCCUGUGAAUUUAUAUUUCUCAGAAUAGGAAGAAGUAACACUUGUACAAGACUGCAGUUUAGGUUUGAAUCCUCUAUAUGAACUGAGAGAGGCCAAAGCUCUGGUCACCUUGUAUAAAGCACAACUCAGAGACGAAUGAAGAAACUAUUUGUAACAAAUUUCAACCUAAUGAACCAAUUAAGAACCAAAUAAAUUAUGGCAUGGAAAACAG